GCAUAAUGUUAAGGAUAAGGCGAGUUGGCACUGGUACUACUCAAAGGAGGAGAAGACAAAUGUAGAUGGUGAAGAAAAGGACAGGGGAUGGAAGACUGGAGAAGUUGAGUUUAUUAAUCACCAUUCAGCUAGGUGACCAGAAAACAACAGAGUCGUUUUCUCUGGUUUAUCAGCUCAGAUUUAGAUAGGAAGAGGAAGAAGAAGCACCCAUUAAGAGAUAGAGUAAAAAGAAUUCGACUUUCUGGGGAGGGAGAGGGCAACAGGGAGCAAAUGGCAAGUCGCAGGAUUUCUUCCUUGCUUUCUCGCUCACUCUCUGCUUACUCUGCAUCACCCUCCUCUGCUUCCCUACUUCUCUUCCAUGGAAGAGUUAUCCAUGGCAGGGGAGAGGGAAGAACCAUCCGUGGGUUCGGCACGAAUGCUGCUGUCGAGGAAUUGGUCACUCCCCCAGUUAAAAUCAGCUACACCCAGCAUCUAAUCAACGGGCAGUUCGUUGAUUCGGCUUCCGGCAGAACAUUUCCUGCAUAUGAUCCUCGUACCGAGGAAGUGAUCGCCCACGUUGCUGAAGCUGACGCUGAAGAUGUAGAUCGGGCUGUAAAAGCUGCCAGGAAAGCAUUUGAUGAAGGGCCAUGGCCCAAGAUGACCGCUUAUGAAAGGUCAUUGAUACUUCUGAGGUUUGCUGAUUUAGUGGACAAGCAUAGAGAUGAACUUGCAGCUCUAGAGACAUGGAACAAUGGGAAGCCUUAUGAACAAGCUGCCAAAGCGGAAUUGCCAUCGUUUGCUCGUCUGUUUCGUUACUAUGCUGGUUGGGCAGACAAGAUUCAUGGGAUGACAAUGCCAGCAGACGGCCACCAUCACGUUCAGACAUUGCACGAACCAAUCGGUGUUGCGGGACAGAUCAUUCCAUGGAACUUCCCACUCAUCAUGUUUGCUUGGAAAGUUGGCCCUGCUUUGGCCUGUGGCAACACUAUUGUUCUCAAAACCGCUGAACAGACACCUCUUACAGCUCUGUAUGCUGGCAAGUUGUUCCAGGAGGCUGGUCUACCGCCGGGGGUGCUAAACAUAGUUUCUGGGUAUGGUCCAACAGCUGGCGCUGCCCUUGCUAGCCACAUGGAUGUUGAUAAGCUUGCUUUCACAGGAUCAACCGAGACCGGCAAAGUUGUGCUCCGAUUGGCAGCCAACAGCAACCUUAAGCCAGUGACACUAGAGCUUGGAGGGAAAUCACCCUUCAUAGUGUGUGAGGAUGCUAAUGUCGACAAGGCCGUGGAGCUUGCACAUUUUGCCUUGUUCUUCAAUCAGGGCCAGUGCUGCUGUGCUGGGUCCCGAACCUAUGUCCAUGAACGAGUGUACGACGAGUUUGUUGAGAAAGCAAAGGCUCGAGCCCUGAGACGUGUAGUUGGCGAUCCAUUCAGGAAGGGUGUUGAACAAGGCCCUCAGAUCGAUUCAGAGCAGUUUAAGAAGGUGCUGAGGUACAUUAAGUCAGGUGUUGAGAGCGACGCUAAACUGGAAUGCGGUGGUGAUCGAUUCGGCUCCAAAGGCUAUUUCGUCCAACCCACUGUUUUCUCCAAUGUUCAGGAUGAUAUGUUGAUAGCACAAGACGAGAUCUUCGGCCCGGUUCAAUCCAUCCUCAAGUUCAAGGACUUGAAGGAGGUGAUUCAGAGGUCCAACACUACUCGAUACGGGCUGGCUGCAGGAGUAUUCACUCAGAACAUCGACACGGCGAACACCCUGUCGAGGGGGCUGAGAGCAGGGACGGUGUGGGUGAACUGCUUCGACGUGUUCGACGCUGCCAUCCCUUUCGGAGGGUACAAGAUGAGUGGGAUUGGGAGGGAGAAGGGCAUCUACAGUCUCCACAACUACUUGCAAGUCAAGGCAGUCGUUACCCCUCUCAAGAAUCCUGCUUGGCUGUAGGUUCCCGCAAAAAAAAAAAAAAAAAAGUGAAUUGAACACAGCAUAUCUGGAAGCAAGUUGCUAGGUGACUGGGAACAUCAAAGAUUGAUGUUCGGCUGUCCACCAGUGAAGAUAGUAAGUGUGUGCUACUGCUGCAACCAGGAUGAAUAUGUAAAUCAUGUUGUGUGGUUUUGUGAAAUGCCAGAGACAGUAGCUAACCAAACAGGAGGGUUUUGUCCAAGUGGGCAAGUGGUUUCGACCCUGAUUGUUUGAAAAUGGAAAGCAAAGCACUAAAUAUAAACUAACAAAUCGAAUAAGACAUACCAGCAAACCCACUUAAACACAUGGCAAGGCAACAGAUUAAUCUCUGUAAGGUUGUUAUUAAAUAACUUUAUGAGUGUGUUGAUUCCUAGUUUAUGUAUUGUCCACUGCAGAUUUUGACGUGUUGAUCUUUCUCUCUCCAAGUAAUGAUAUGGAUAAAACAGUUAGAAGUAGAACCUCUACCCAGAACACCAUUUAGUGAAGCUAUCCUACAAAAUCAUAGAAAAUCAACUUUAAUAGAGACAGUAACAGAGUUUUACGUGCCAUUUUAUAGGCAGUUCAGUUGACAGUCCGCGAACCUACACUAAACAAUAUAUAAAAGGAGAAAUGAUUCUACUAACGACACUCUCGAAACAGGGGAGGCACCCUACGAAUCUUUACCACUUUGAGGCGAAACUGACGAAUAACCUCGUAAGAAUCACCUUCCAUUAUAAGACUAGGCAGACUUCUAGAGACCGCAAAGGAAAUUACAUUUCUAGCCGCUAGAAACUCUACAAGGUAGCAGGGGCGGAGCUAGGAUUUAACGAUCGGGGAGCCCGAAGUUUUCGUAAAACGUUAUCGAAAAAGGCUAAAAAAAUAGUUUUGUUUUAUUAGAACCACAACAAUAAAUACAUUAAGUUCAAUAUAAAUAAAAAUUAUAUAAAUAUAAUAAUAUAUUUUAAUAUUGUCAUUGUAUCGCGCGUUCUAUUUGCAUAACUAAAAAUCAAAUAUAUAUAAAUAUUAGCAUAAGAAAACAAUUACUGUUUAUAUAGUCUAAUAGUUACAAUUGAAGAACUUAAUUGAUAGAUUUGAAAUUAAGAAAUUUAAAUCAUGAAUGAAGUUAUUAAAGGGGAAUAAAAUUACAAAUACUUCUCAUGUAUCUCGAACUGUCCUUAAAAUUGAAGAAUUUAAUUGAAAUUAUUCUAUUAAAGUUUAUAAUUAAAUAUAAUUAAAAAAGUUAAUAUGGCUAAAUCAAUUUAUUGAAGUGCUUAAUUAAUUGAUUUCACUUAAUGGAUUCUCAAAAUUGCUUAAGAAAAGGAGGGUAAACAGAAAUAAGGAAAAAAAGUACAAGCUUGCUUCUCACAACCAUCGAACCAGGGAACAGAAGCUAGUUUCGAAAAAUAAUCCCCUCAAUUUCCGUUAGACUAAACCAAGCUCGUUGUCAUUCUAUUGCACGUCAAGAUAUUUAAUCGUAACCUUUAGUUUAUAGGUAUAAUACCGAACAUUUUAUACGUAACUUUCAAGAUUCUCGGGGGGGCCGGGGCCUCCCCGAGGACUGCUGUAGCUCCGCCCCUGCAAGGUAGGGACCGGUCACUCCCUUGUGGUGGGAACCCAAUGCCCGAAUGACUUGCCCAUAUGAUAGGCGAACCACAAGGCCAGACGAGCAACCAAAGGCGAAAUCGGAGCUACAUAGUGUCCAGGGGGCUCUCGUCCUCAGAACUUAAAAAAAAAGUAUGAAUGCUAGGGAAUUAUGAAAAUUAUGUAGUAACUGAAGUGGGUUUCAUUAACAGGAAGCUUGUGCAAUAACUUUAGGAGUGUGUUUGGAUAUAAAGAUUUGUAUUUAGU